UUUUAUCACAUCAUAGAAAAAUGAGUGUAUUCUUUAUAACCCCAUGUGUUUCGUAUUUCUUUUAGUCUUACUAGUUUAAUUCCCUGCUUUCUUUUGAUUUACCUGUUUACUUUUGAGUUCCCUUUGUUACAACUCCUCCCUGAUUCUCUCUAUUACCUCAGCAGCCGAGAAUAAUUCCGCUACCAGAAGGUAGCAAUAGCAAAAGCAAUAGCAGAUGCCAAAACUGAAACUGAAAGCAGGGAGCAGGCCACCAUGGGUUGGCUUGGCUGCUGCAGUAUGGGUUCAGAUAUCAGCAGGGAACGGCUACAACUUCCCACUCUAUUCUUCUGCUCUCAAAUCAGUUCUGGGAUUAAGCCAGCAACAAGUCACAAUCUUGGGAGUGGCAAAUGAUAUUGGAGAGAGUGUUGGACUUCUCCCUGGUAUUGCCUGUAAUAAGUUCCCUCCUUGGGCUGUGCUUCUUGUUGGGGUCUUUGCCUGUUUCUUGGGAUAUGGUGUUAUCUGGCUUGCAGUUAGCCAAACUAUUAGUGGUCUUCCUUUCUGGGUGUUAUGGAUUGCGCUUGCAGUUGCCUCUAAUAGUAAUGCAUGGUUUGGCACAGCAGUGCUAGUAACAAACAUGAGGAAUUUCCCCCUCAGUAGGGGUACUGUUUCUGGCAUCCUCAAGGGUUAUGUUGGGAUCAGUGCUGCUGUAUAUACUGUAUUAUACAGCUCAGUGUUUGAACAGUCUGCUUCAAAGCUGCUGCUGUUCCUUACUCUUGGCCUUCCAGUGAUAUGUUUGGCCAUGAUGUACUUUAUUCGCCCUUGCACUCCUCCUUCUGGAGAAGACUCUUCAGUUCAUGUCCAUUUUGUUUUCACCCAGGCUGCUAGUGUCUUGCUUGCUAUCUAUCUUCUCACACUAACAGUAAUAUAUGAGACGGUUUCUCUAAGUGAUGCUGUUUCUUAUGUACUACUUGCCAUUGUAUUUAUCUUCUUGCUUUCUCCACUUGGAAUUCCAGUCAAGAUGACACUUUUUCGAGCAAAUGCUGAGGCACUUACACCACUGGCGGGUUCAACUGAACAUUUGGCUCAGGGAGAAGGUGGUUCAACUCAAGCAGAUCCUUUGUUGUCACCAUCUUCAUCAACGUCAAAUCUUGGAAGUUUCUUUGAAAGUGAAUAUGCCUCAGAUGUUGAAACUCUUCUUGCUGUGGGAGAGGGAGCAGUGAAGAAGAAAAGAAGACCCAGGAGGGGGGAGGAGUUCAAGUUUCAUGAAGCUUUUGUUAAGUUUGAUUUUUGGCUUCUUUGGGUUGUAUAUUUUCUUGGAGUUGGUUCUGGCGUUACCGUUCUCAAUAACUUGGCUCAAAUUGGAGUUGCAUUUGGGCUAGAUAGUACAACAAUAUUACUGUCCCUUUUUAGCUUCUGCAAUUUUGUUGGUCGUCUUGGGUCGGGUGCUCUUUCAGAACACUUUGUCAGGACAAGAACUAUUCCUCGAACAAUGUGGAUGACUUGCACACUUAUAGUUAUGAUCUUAGCAUUUUUUCUGUAUGCAUUAGCUCUCAGUGGUACUCUCUAUGUUUCAACUGCUCUGCUCGGUGUCUGCUACGGCUUUCAAUAUUCUCUCAUGGUUCCAACGGCAUCUGAACUUUUUGGCCUGAAACAUUUUGGUAUCAUUUAUAACUUCAUGCAGAUAGGCAAUCCUGUAGGUGCACUUCUUUUCUCAGGUCUGCUUGCUGGUUAUGUUUAUGAUGCUGAAGCUGCUAAGCAAGGAAGUUCCACCUGCUUGGGCCCUGAAUGCUUUAGGCUCACCUUCUUGGUUUUAGCUGGCAUCUGCGGGCUAGGCACCAUCUUGAGCAUAUUUUUAACAAUUAGAAUAAGACCAGUUUAUCAGAUGCUAUAUUCUUCUGGUUCAUUUCGUCUUCCUCAAGCUUCAGACCACUGAAAAUCGAAAGCUAUUAUUGCCAGAAUAAAAGUGGUGGCAUGCCUGUUUUAUAUUGGUUUGCUCCAUGAAUUUUGCUCUUUGUGCAGUCCCAUAUCUGGUGCAAAUUUUGCUGCACUUUUGAGUCUAUCCCAAGUAAAGAUGUUUGUUGAGCUUUGGUGUCCAUACGUUUGGUAAGACUUUAAUUCCCUAUAAUGAUCAUAUUCUAAGGGAUGUAUGAUUAAAUUCACUUACUUGAAAUCAUUGUAUUAUCCUUCAGGGAUGUUGGUUACCAUGUAUCAUUGCACUCUAAAUCAAUCAAAGAUUUUAUAUAUUAUUGAACUGAAUGAAAUUGA